GUAAGCAUCAGAUUUCUUCAUACCACAAGAAGAAAAGCCAGUCUGGCAUCAUUUACAGCCAAUGAUUUUCAUAAAGUGAACUCUUAUGAAACUAUGAACGACAAUGAAGGAGAAAGCAGCAGUGAGCUAGAAGGGCAAGAAUCAUAUUUGGAUUAACCUGGAGAGGCCCCGACUGUUUGAGAUUUUCCCGGGACAGGAGGCCAUCUAGCAGUCAUCUGAGAACAAAAGAAAAAUGAGCUCAUCAAAUGUUACCACUACUGUAAAUCCACCGGUUACUAAUACCACACAAAUAAGCACAACUGGAAGUGGAGGCUUCAUUUCCAAUUUGAUUAAUAAAAUUCCAUUACCAAAAUGGGCCUUGAUUGCUAUUGCUGCAGGAGUGGGCCUUGUCAUCCUGCUCUGUGUCAUCUGCAUCUGUGUAAAAUGUUGCUGCAAAAAGAAGAGGAAGAAAAAGAAGGAGCAAGUUAAUUUGAAAAGUCUAAAUGGCUCCACCACUACAAGCCUGGUUCAGCCAGAUAUGUAUGAUUUGAAUGGAGCUGAGGAAAACCGUGGAAAGUUGCAAUAUUCCUUAGAUUAUGAUUUUAAGAAAGAAGAGAUUACAGUUGGAAUUAUACAGGCAAUGGACUUAAUGGCCAUGGAUCUUGGAGGUACAUCUGAUCCUUAUGUUACUGUGUAUCUUCUCCCAGAAAAGACGCAUAAAUUUGAAACUAAAGUCUACAGGCGAACCUUAAAUCCUACCUUCAAAGAACGCUUCACUUUCAAGGCUAGCCAGGCUGAAAUAGCUGACAAGACCGUGGUGAUGCAGGUAUAUGACUUCAACAGAUUUUCCAAGCAUGACGUAAUUGGCGAAGUGAGAAUCCCGCUUAACACUGUUAAUCUGAACCACGUUGUUGAAGAGUGGCAAGAUCUAACCUGUGCAAUAAAGGAUGAGCAAGUGAAACUUGGUGAUAUCUGCUUCUCGCUCCGUUAUGUUCCUACUUCAAACAAGUUGACGGUUGUAAUUUUAGAAGCCAAGAACCUGAGGAUUAUGGAUAAAGAUGGUUUAUCUGACCCCUAUGUGAAGAUACGUCUGAUGCUGAAUAAGAAAAAGUUUAAGAAGAAGAAGACAACAGUAAAAAAGAACACUUUGAAUCCAUAUUUCAAUGAGUCCUUUACCUUUGACGUGACCUUUGAAGAAAUACAGAAAGUGCAGUUAGUGAUCUCUGUGUGGGACCAUGACAAACUGUCAAAGAACGACGCCAUUGGAAAAUUAUUUCUUGGUUGUGAUGCUACAGGAAACCAGCUGCGCCACUGGUCUGACAUGCUGGCCAACCCGAGACGACCAAUUGCACAAUGGCACACUCUCCAGCCCAGGGAGGAAGUGGACAAAACACUCAAAGAACUUGGGAUUAAAUCUCGUUUCCAAAUCUUCUAGAGUUUUGACUACAUUGAAACCAAAACAAUUUCUAACCUGUCAUAAAUUAUAAGCCUAGCUGUUUCAGAUAAACCUGUUCACCUUCGCUGAGAAACUCUCUUGUUCAAGCUAUGUUCUAAGAAUUGAACCAAAGUGGAAAAGGUGAAAUGUAUUACACUACGAUCUCAAACUAACUGAAUACACAACUGAAAAUGCAAUACAAACAUAUUACAUUUACAACUUUAUAAUCCUUAUUACACUUGUAAAACUGAUUCCAUUACGAGGUGCAGUGCAUUCAGAAAUCCUGAAUAUUUGGCAUAUUUUCACUGUCCUGGAAUAUGCUACUAAAUUGAAAUAAAUAGAAGUCAGUGGAUUGUUUGGUAUGCACACUUUAAUUGAAGAAUUUUAUAUGUUAAGGUUAAUUUAUAUUUAUCCUUUCAUUCCUUAGAUCAAAUUACUGCAAUGGAUCAUUAUUUCCAUGGUUUCAGCUUGAUAGUACAUAAAAAAAUGAUACUAGCAGGCCUCCCUCAUAGUAGUAUACUAAAAGGAACCAAUUUGAAUCUGGUCUUUUAUACAGAUGAACCAGCUGGUCUCCUGCAGGACAGCAAUUGGAACAGUGUUAGGGAGGGUGUAAAAAACUAUCCAGAGCUUUAGUUUUGGUUAUUAUCCAUGGACCCUUGCUGGAAAAUGCAUAGAUGGAUGUCAAGAGUAUAGUUAGGCUCUGCCUUAAUGUAUUUCACACGUGAUAAUUUCUAAAAGCUUCUUAAACACUGUUUAGUUAAUUAAGCAAGGUAUUGAAAGCUUUAUGCAUUGUUGAAAAUGAUGAUGAAUUGAUGGAAACUCCAAAACUCGAUGAGAUAUUGCAGAAGUCUCUUGUCAUCAGGAGAUCAACAAAGACUCUGAGAAAAAGCCAGAACCUAGUUCCAUAGAUUCGUAACAAUUUUUGAAGAGUUUUAAUCUACCUCUACAUGCCCUUAACAAGGUAAAUGUUGUGCACAGGUUUUGGGAUGAGAAUGGGGCAGGUGUGAAGACUGAGAAAGGAAUUGGGUGCUGGGACUUCCUCUGCCUUGCAGAUUGGUUCAAUCAGUAUGUGGCUGAUCUCUGCAACUGAGAGAAGUGAUUGUGAACUGGAAUAUCAAGUUCCAGAUGGCCAAAGAAAAGCAGCCUGGACAUCAAAUAGAAGAACAGAGUUUUGAAAAUAAUUGAUUUAACUUACAAUUCUUUAUUUUCCAUGUAUAAAUGUAAGUGAUUACAUUUUACAUAAUCUACCACAUAGCAAUCCAAUGUUACUUAAAAUCUCUCCUCCCCCCACUGCAUCCCAAAACCAGCCCAGCUCGUCCCCGCCUCCCUAACCUGUUCUUCCUCUUGCCUAUCCCCUUCUCCAACCUCAAGCCGCACCUCAAUUUCCUACCUACGAACUUCAUCCCGCCCCCUUGACCUGUCCGUCCUCCCCGGACUGACCUAUCCCCUCCCUACCUCCCCACCUACAUUCACCUCUACUGGCUCCACCCCCGCCCCUUUAACUUGUGUGUCUCUUCUCUACCUAUCUUCUUCUCAAUCAAUCUUCCAUCCGCCUCCCCCCUCUCCCUAUUUAUUUCAGAACCCUCUCCCCCUCCCCCUUUUCUGAUGAAGGGUCUAGGCCUGAAACAUCAGCUUUUAUGCUCCUUAGAUGCUGCUUGGCUGCUGUGUUCAUCUAGCUCCACACUUUGUUAUCUCAGAUUCUCCAGUAUCUGCAGUUCCCAUUAUCUCUGAUACAAUUUCCUUUAGUUUAGAUGUUUUCUUUUAACUGCACAAUUCUUUACUCAUUUUAUUCAAUGCUGGUUAAUACUUUCUUCUGAAAUAUUGAAUAAGCUAUUUAACAUGGACUUCUGCUUUGCUGCAUUAUCACGUAUCCUGAACUAAAUACUCUCAUACUGCCUCCUAUUUUAACUCAUUUACCUCUUCACUUCACCUCUUAAGUUUCCCAUGACAUACAAGUGUUUUUAAAGCCCAGCCUUAUUUUCAGACAAAAAAACGUCCUCUUAUUAGUGGCAAUGCCUUGCACAUUUACCUUGACUUUAGACCUAACUUUUUCAAUAAUAAUUGAAAAUUGAAAAUUGCCCUUUCCUACGAUGGACUAUUCCCUGUAAAUGUGAGCUGAACUCUUUUGAUGAAACAAGUGUGAUUUCCCUUGCUAUUAAGACUAUAUUUGAUUGAAUGACAUACCAAGGAGUCCUGGUGAAACUAAACUCAAUAGAAAUUAGUAGAACACUCUCCACUGUUUGGAGUCACACGCAGCACGUAGGAAGAUGGUUGUGGUUGCUAGAGGUCAGUCAUCUCCGCUCGAGGACAUUACUGCAGGGGCUCCUCAGGGUAGAGUUCUACAUUCAACCUUGUUCUGUUGCUUCAUCAAUUAGCCUUCUUUCCAUCAUAAAGUCAGAAAUGGGCAAGCUCUUUGAUGAUUCCACAAUGUUCAGCAUGAUUCACACCUCCUCAGGUGCCAAAGCUAACCAUGUUCAAAUGCAACGAGACCUGGACAAUGUUUAGCUUUGUGCUGAUGAGUAGCAAGUUCUAUCAAGGCUAUACAAAUAUUAGACAAUGAACUUCUACAAGGAAAGAGAGUCUAGCCAUCACUCCUUGACAUUUGAAAGUAUUACCACCGCUGAAUGGCCAAAGUGAUGGGUGUCUACUAUUACCAGCCUUAGGGUUACUGUUAAUGAGAAAUUAAAUUGGACUAAAUAUAUAAGUACUGUGGCUAAUAUCCUGCAGCAAGUAACUUGCCUUUUCCAUCAACAAAUUACAAGUCAGGAGUGUGAUGGAAUAUUCUCCACUUUCCUGGUUGAGUCCAACUCCAACAACACUCAAAAAGAUUGAUGCCAACAUCUGUAAGUUCCUCUGCAAGCCCCUCAUCUGACUUGAAACAUUUUGCUAUUCCUUUAUUGUGAACAUGAUUCACACAUGAAAGACUUUUAAUAGUUUUAAAAAUAAAUUCCAACAGAGGCAUCAUUCUAAAAUAAAGUGAUUAGUGCAUAAGUUAAAUACUAACCAGAAGGUUCUCAUGUUGAGCAUAGCUUAAGUAUCUAGGACCAAGGAAGACAAAUAUGAAGUAAGGGUUCUAUUCGCAUUGAUACUGGUGUAAUAAAUGGGCGUAUUAAAUGUUAAAGCAACAAAUUUGUAAAUGUAGUGCUGUAUGAACAUGGAGUGAAAGAAUACAACGAAAAAAGAAUAUCUUCUCCUUGUUGACCCUGUUUCACCAUUUGAUUUUUAUCAACUUAACCUCAAUUUGUUUCAUUUCCUCCCAUAUAAUUAACCCUAUUUUAACAGACAGAGUUGAUGAUUUACCUGUGGCCCUCAAGGGGCAGUUUACUGCAUACACUGUUAAUUAUUUAAGUCAAAAACAUUUUUUCUGGAUUUGUUUUGAUUAAUUUCAUUCAAAACUAACAUACGUUUGACUUAGUACUUACGAACUAACCAGGAAAUAUGGACUUUAUAGUGGUGAAAAUAUCUGAUUAUAUGGGAAUGAAGGACCACACCCGAAGCCAGGAUGAUAUUGGUAGUUAUG